AUGGCGCGGUGGCACGCGGCGCGAACGCGCAUCCAGCUCAAGCUGGCGAUCCAGCGGGUCCAUAUGCUGCAGGAGAAGAGGGAGGCACUCGCGAAGCGUGCGCGCCUACAUAUCUCCGAGCUCGUAGGGCGCGGCCGGAUGGAAACGGCUCGUGUCAAGACCGAAUCGCUCACUCUGGACGAUCCCGACCCCGCGAUCCGCGAGCCCCUGAUGGCCGUGCUCCACGCGGCGCACCGCACCGAGGUCCAGGAGCUCCACGUGCUGCAGGACAUGCUGUGUGCACGCUAUGGCGCCGAGGUCGCACAGGCCGCCCUCGACAACCAGGAUGGCUGUGUGCCGGAGCGCAUCACUGUAAAGGUGGCCUACCAUGUGCCGCCGCCCGAGCUUGUGAAUGCGUAUGUUCCAUGUCUACUUACGCAGCUACUUGCGAGAGAGUGCGUGACACAGUACUAA